AUGGCAUAUCGGUGUGUUUAUUUGUCCAGCGCUGAGUGUAGUUGGCAGGAUCUGUGCAGACUGAAAGCAAGAAGGCAAGGAUGGGAGGAUGGAUUAUGGACCCUUUCCCAGGCUUGGAAGGAUGUGCCCCUCACCCCUAGAGGCUUUGAGAAAGUUUUGCUGAAGUUUGGGGAGAGUCAAUAUGCAGUGGCAGAUGCAGCAGCAUUCUGGACCGGUCCAGAGAGACCCUGCAGCAGUGGCAGGGGCAGAGGCCUUGGAGCAGGCAGCAGCAGCCUGAGAGGAAACAAGCGAGGUGCAGCGGUGGGAGCGGUUUCCCGGGAGCCUGGAGUGGGGCCCCGUGGAGAUGACCUCUCCUUCCCCUUCCCUACCCCACCUGCACUCGUGAGGAGACGAGCCGGGCGUGACUGUGACUGUGACUGUGACUGUGACUGUGGGCACUGGGAGAUGAAAGCAGGCUCUUCAGUUUCUUGUACGGUAGUCUGGCUAAAGUUAAUCAUUGUGAGAAAAAGUACAGUCAAGCUCCUGUCAGUGGAAACCAACUUACGUGUGGAUUGGACUGAUUUAUCCCAGGAGUGGGAGGAAAAAGGGACAUCUGGAGAAAUACUUGGAUUUGUUAUCGUGAAAGGAAAAAGUGCGUGGGAAAAAUUCCUCUUAAGUUUUCCUGCACUAAAGGAGAAGCCUGUAAUACAGGAAAGGGUUAAAGCUAAGCAGCAACUAGAGGUAGAGGGGGAGGCCUGGCCUGAGACGUUUCUUUUGAACUUUUCAGAGCCAAGGCCGUGGCUGGAGUCAGAGCCAGGUGGGAGUAGCCCCUUUCCCUUUGAGGGGGAAAGACAAGCUGCCCAGAGCCCUGGCUGGAGCUGCCCCACCCUGCAAGGUGAGGCCCCUGAGUGUCCCGGAGGGGCAGAGGCCCUGGAAGUGUGUGCUGUGCCCAGAGCCCAAGUGGGCACCCCUUCCCCUGUGCAGGAGGAGUUGGGGUGGUGCGAGCCAGAGAGAGAAGCUAGGGGCAGGAGAUCCCAGAGCCUGCUGGGCCUGGACCCAGGCAGAAGCAGGGAGCUGCUGAGGGGUGCAGCAGGAGCAGAGAGCCACAGGGCUAGGGUCUCAGCUCCAGAUCAAGCUGUCCCCUGGACCUUGUGGCAGGGCUGGAAUGGUACUAGGACUUGGACUUUUGGCUUACUCAAGUGUGAGCCCGCCCGGGAGUACCAGGUGGGAGCCUGCAACGGCAGAGUGCGAGCCCCAGGGAGGAGAAAGAUGCACCCCGCAGAGGACUUUCAGGAAGAGGAUUGGACCCUUUGCUUUGAUUGGGGGGGAUUGUAGCCUACUGUGGCCCAGAAAUGAACUGUGACUUAGGGGUGGAGUGGGUUGCAUUAUCUGCUGCCCCUGAGGAUGUGCUGUGUUAAAGGAAGGCCCUAGCGGACUAUAUGUAACAUAGUAUAAGGGGGGAGGUAUACUAUGUUACAUAUAGUGCGCUAGGAAAUAUACUGUGCGAUGUUACAUAUUGAAUGCUAUGUUCUGUUUUAGGCCUUGUGGCCACUCUGGUGAUAUGCUUUGUUUGUACACUUGAUAGUGCCCAACAUAAUGUCUAUGUUGCUGGAAUCUAUAUUGUUGUUAUUUUAGCACGUUGUUGUUGUAUAUUGUUGCAGUUUAAAUUGUUGUUUUGUUGUUAUGGAUUAUGGAUGUUAUGCUUUAGUUUCUUGGCCCAAGUACCCCUAAAAGUGUCACCUGUGUAGAUUGUAAGAGCCAUAUUGUUACCUGUGUAGAUUGUAAGGCCAGGAUCUUGGAGGGGUGGAGUGUAAGUAAAGUGAAUUUUAGUGUGGGUAAAGUGGAUUUUUGUUAUUCUUUCUUAGCGUUUUCUUCCCAGGAUCCAUAGCCAUAACAAUCUCCA